AUGGCUUCUAGCCGUAUCCCUCGCGUGAGGACCUUUUCUGCCAUUACUUCUCAUGCCCAGGCCACAAGCAAGAGGACAUCAGUGGAUGCCUCCCUGGAGCCCCUGCAGAGGCCCGAGUCCUUCAUCCCUCGCCACAUCGGACCUGAUGUGAGCGACGCCGAGGCGAUGCUCAAGGCGCUCGAUCCCCCGGCGAGGACAAUUGACGAGUUCAUCGCCCAGGUUCUUCCUGCGGAUGUGUAUUCCGAGAGGAAGACGUUCGCGUGGGACAAUGAGGGUCACAUGGAUGAGAGCAAGAUUCUGGCAAAGGCAACAGCCUGGGCCAAGGCCAACGAGGCCGCCCCGAAGCCGUUGAUCGGCGCCGGUUACAACCCGAGCGUUACUCCCAGAGUUAUCCAGACGAAUGUAUUGGAGAGCCCUGCUUGGUACACGAGUUACACGCCUUACCAGCCCGAAAUCAGCCAGGGCCGCCUCGAGUCGCUGCUCAACUACCAGACCAUGGUUUCCGACCUGACUGGCCUUCCCAUUUCCAACGCCAGUCUUCUGGACGAGGGUACGGCCGCCGCCGAGGCCAUGACGCUGUCCAUGAACGCCCUUUCUACUUCCCGCGCAAAGAGGCCCGGCAAGACUUUUGUAGUCUCUGACCUCGUCCACCCUCAGUCCAUCUCGGUUCUGAAGAGCAGGGCGCAGGGCUUCGGCAUCAAGAUUGAGAUCCUCGACGUCAGCACCGCUGAGAACCAGGAGAAGAUCAAGGCUCUCGGCCAGGACUUGGUCGGUGUUAUGGUUCAGUACCCCGACACGAAGGGCAAGGUUGAGGACUUCAAGGGUCUUUCCGAGCUCGUUCACUCCCAGGGCGCGCUCCUCAGCGCUGCCACCGAUCUCCUGGCUCUGACUGUGCUCGCUCCUCCCGGCGAGUGGGGUGCCGACAUCGCCUUCGGAAGUGCCCAGCGUUUCGGCGUUCCCCUCGGUUUUGGUGGCCCUCACGCUGCUUUCUUCGCCGUCAAGGAGGCCCACAAGCGCCGCAUGCCGGGCCGUUUGGUCGGUGUGUCCAAGGACCGAACCGGUCGCCGAGCUCUGAGACUGGCUCUCCAAACUCGCGAGCAGCACAUCCGUCGUGAGAAGGCUACUAGCAACGUUUGCACUGCCCAGGCUCUCCUGGCGAACAUGGCUGCCCUGUUUGCGGUCUACCACGGCCCUGAGGGUUUGAAGGAGAUUGCCUCGAGAUUGGUCCGUCUCGCUCGGGGUGUUCAGGCUGUGGCCGAGGCCGCCGGCUUGGAGACCGAGCAGAGCGGAGCUAGCCCCGACGGCAAGGUUUUGUUCGAUACUGUUGUCAUCAAGGCCGGUGACCGCGCUCAGAAGAUCCUCGAGGAGGGUAAGAAGGCCGGUCUGGGAUUCCGUGAUUAUGGAAACGGCGAUGUUGGUAUCAGCGUCAACGAGCACGUCAACGAGGAGAUUUUCAACACCAUUGCCACCGUUCUCGGAAACGUCACCGGUGCCCAGACUGCUGAAGUUGCUAGCAAGUCCUACGCCGCUCUCACUGAGAGCAUCACCGACCUGCUCCCUGCUUCCCUCCGCCGCCAGUCCGACUACCUCACCCACCCCGUUUUCAACACUCACCGCAGUGAGACGGAAAUCCUCCGCUACAUCCACCACCUCCAGUCCAAGGACUUGUCUCUCGUCCACUCCAUGAUUCCUCUUGGUUCCUGCACCAUGAAGCUCAACAGUGCGACUGAGAUGGCCCUGAUCUCCCUUCCGGGUUUCUCCACCAUCCACCCUCACACCCCCGCCAGCGAGCUCAAGGGAUACACUGCCCUGAUCGAGAGCCUCUCCGAGCAGCUCAAGGGUAUCACUGCCAUGGACGCCGUUUCCUUGCAGCCCAACUCCGGCGCCCAGGGUGAAUUUGCCGGUCUCCGUGCCAUCCGCAAGUACCUCGAGCAGAAGCCCGACGGCAAGAAGCGCGACAUCUGCCUCAUCCCCGUCUCUGCCCACGGUACCAACCCUGCCUCCGCUGCCAUGGCUGGUAUGCGCGUCGUCCCCGUCAAGUGCGACCCGGUUACCGGUAACCUCGUCAUCGAGGAUCUCGAGGCCAAGUGCAAGCAGUACGCCGACCAGCUCGGUGCUUUCAUGGUUACCUACCCUAGCACCUACGGCGUGUACGAGCCCGGCGUCAAGAGAGCCUGCGAGUUGGUCCACCAGUAUGGUGGCCAGGUCUACAUGGACGGCGCCAACAUGAACGCCCAGAUCGGUAUCUGCUCGCCCGGUGAGAUUGGUGCUGAUGUCUGCCAUCUCAACCUUCACAAGACCUUCUGCAUUCCCCACGGCGGUGGCGGUCCUGGUGUCGGACCCAUUUGCGUCAAGGAGCACCUCGCUCCUCACCUGCCGGCCCUCGCCGCCGACGGUGAGGAGGCCAUGGUUUCCAGUGCACCCUUCGGCAGCGCUGGUAUCCUGCCCAUCAGCUGGGCUUACAACGCGCUCAUGGGCAACGACGGUCUCCGUCUUGCCACCAAGACUGCCAUCCUGAACGCCAACUACAUCCUCUCCCGCCUCAAGCCUCACUUCAAGAUUCUCUACACCAACGACAACGGCCGCUGCGCGCACGAGUUCAUCCUUGACGCCCGCCCCUUCAAGGAGACCGCAGGUGUCGAGGCCAUUGACAUUGCCAAGCGUCUGCAGGACUACGGCUUCCACGCCCCUACCAUGAGCUUCCCCGUUGCCAACACGCUCAUGAUCGAGCCGACGGAGAGUGAGAGCAAGGAGGAGCUUGACCGCUUCAUCGAAACCCUCAUCAGCAUCCGUGAGGAGAUUCGCGAGGUCGAGGAGGGCAAGCAGCCCAAGGAGGGCAACGUGCUCAAGAUGGCGCCUCACCCGCAGGCGGACGUCAUCCUUGGUGACGGUGAGGGCAAGUGGGACCGUCCCUACUCUCGCGAGAAGGCGGCCUACCCGCUUCCCUUCCUGAAGGAGAAGAAGUUCUGGCCUAGCGUGGCGCGUGUUGAUGACACGUACGGUGACACCAACUUGUUCUGCACGUGCCCCCCUGUUGAGGACACUACUUCAGAGUAA